CUACCUGGUACUUCUUAUAUUAUCCUUCCUCUCAUAUUGCCUUGCAUACGGCAACUCAUCCUUAUUAUCACUCUGCUACCCAACAUGUCGUCUCCCAAGCUUCUCCAAGGAGGCUUCUCCCACAUCAUCAACGGCAAGGCAUACGACACCACAGGUGCCAAGACGCUGGAUGUCAUCAACCCCGCAACCGAGAAGUCCAUCGCUCAAGUGCCCAUUGCUACGCGCGAGGUGCUCGACGAAGCCGUCAACCAUGCAGAGAAGGCAUUCGAAUCAUGGUCCAAGACCACCUGGCAAGAGCGUGCAAAGUUGAUCGAGGCUGUGGGCAAGGAAUACAAGACACUCGUUCCAGACCUGGCCGAACUGCUGGUGCUGGAGCAAGGCAAAGCCGCUGCCUUCGCCCAGGGCGAGGUGGCUCUCGUCAAUGAAUGGUUCGAGCGUAUGCCGGGCAUGGAAAUCAAGGAGAAGGUGGUAUGGGAGAACGAGGAGUCCAAAGCGAUUGAGCAGUACGUGCCUCUGGGUGUGACUGCCGGCAUUGUGCCGUGGAACUUCCCCGUGCUCCUCAUGAUGUGGAAGAUUAUCCCUGCUGUCCUCACGGGAAACACCAUUAUCAUCAAGCCUUCCCCCUUCACCCCCUUGUGCGAUGUGCGAUGCAUCGAGUUGUUCAACAGACACUUGCCGCCAGGCGUUGUGCAGAUCGUCUUGGGCGACGACAACCUCGGCCCUUGGGUGACGGAGCACCCCAAGAUCCGCAAGAUCUCAUUCACUGGCAGCACGGCAACGGGCCGCCUGGUAGCCAAGAGCUGCUCUGCGACAUUGAAGCGUGUGACGCUAGAGCUGGGCGGUAACGAUGCUAUGAUCGUCUUGCCAGAUGUCGAUGUUGAGAAGGUCGCACCAACUAUCCUGCUCAGUGCCUUCUUCAACUCCGGUCAAGUAUGCCAUGCAAGCAAGCGCCUCUAUGUCCAUGAAGACGUGUUUGAAAAGCUGUCCCAAGCACUGGUCGUGGCAGCCAAGGCAGCUGGCGUCGGACCCGGCCAGAAUGAAGGUAUCACCUUCGGACCCUUGAACAACAGACAAGUCUACGAGAAAGUCAGCGAAUUCUUUGCCGACUCGCAGAAGGAGGGCCAUGACUUCUUGACGGGCGGCAAGAUUCCCGAGGGCCCAGGAUUCUUCGCACCGCUGACUCUCGUCAACAACCCUCCGGAGAACAGUCGUCUAGUGCAAGAAGAGCCUUUCGGACCAAUUGUUCCUUUGCUCAAAUGGAAGGAUGACCAGGAUGUCCUCAAGCGCGUCAACGACUCUUCCUGGGGCUUGGGUGCCACUAUCUUCGGCAAGGAUUUGGCUCGUGUCGAGAAACUGGCACGCCAAGUCGAGGCCGGUGUCGUCUGGACUAACACGAUGAUGCAGCAGCACCCGGAGGUUCCAUUUGGCGGCUUCAAGAGCAGCGGAGUCGGUUGUGAGAACGGCGAGGCAGGUCUCAAGGGCUGGUGCCAAGUGCGUAGUUUGUAUCUGGCCAAGGCAUAGGUUGUGAUGCUGGCCCGUCUGGAUGUGUCAAAAAAUACAGCUGCUAUGAUUAUCGACAGCACUUGUGGGAGAAGUCCACAAGGUCUAUGACUGUGACAAAGCGCCGGAUGAUAUGUACAAUGUGGCUCAAGAUAGUAUUCAAGUAGGUACUAUUCAAUGUAUUCAUGCAUGGGAAAGAUUCGAUAGACUAGGGUUGAGGAUCUACCCGCUGGACGCGCUGGACCGCUGGAUGAUGUAAACGAUUGUACCUUGCCUUGCUAGCUCUGUACAUAUAGCUUCAAGAAAGCUCCAGAAUGACAACACUUCUACCCAG